CCUCCCUCACAACCAAUCACAAGCUGCCGCUCUGACAUCCGCCCAACCAAUCAGCUCGCACUUCUCAGUUUGACUCGUCCGCUUAGCCAGAUAAACUUUAUGCUGGGAUCGGCCCCGGGGGUCCCCGGAGAUGGGCGGGUCUCGAGUGACGCCAGCGAGACAGUAGCCAGUCGUCUUGUUUGUCUUGCUUGAUUGAUAGGUUCGUCAGCCAAUAGGAUUCAGGCGCUGGUAUUUCCUGUAUAGUAGUUUUUAAUAUGGCGAAGACUUACGACUAUUUGUUUAAACUGCUUCUGAUCGGUGACUCGGGGGUCGGAAAGACUUGCGUGUUAUUCAGGUUCUCAGAGGAUGCCUUCAACUCUACCUUCAUAUCUACUAUAGGUAUUGACUUUAAAAUCAGAACUAUAGAAUUAGAUGGCAAACGAAUUAAGCUACAGAUAUGGGACACUGCUGGGCAAGAGAGGUUUCGUACAAUCACAACGGCAUAUUACAGAGGAGCAAUGGGGAUUAUGCUGGUAUAUGAUAUUACCAAUGAAAAGUCAUUUGACAAUAUAAAAAACUGGAUACGAAAUAUUGAAGAGCAUGCGUCGGCUGAUGUUGAAAAAAUGAUUCUUGGAAACAAAUGUGACGUGAAUGAAAAACGGCAAGUUUCGAAGGAGAAGGGGGAUAAGCUGGCAUCCGAGUAUGGAAUUAAAUUUAUGGAGACUAGUGCAAAGGCCAAUAUCAAUGUGGAAAAUGCUUUCUUUACAUUGGCGAGAGACAUCAAAGCAAAAAUGGACAAAAAGAUGGGAAACAGUUCCCAAGGCAGUAAUCAAGGCGUGAAAAUAACCCCAGAACAACAGAAGAAGAGCAGUUUCUUUCGAUGUGUCCUUCUGUGAGGGACCUUGCCUUAAUGGAGUUCCUUGCUUCAUCAAACUGGACUGUGCCUGUAUUUGAAUUCCUAUUAUCACAGACCUAGAACCUUAAAGCACCAGCUCUGCCAAACUUUGGCUACCUGAAUGAGAGUGAUAAGCUCUGUUUUACUUAGCAGUUCUGGAAAAUGUUUGUUCUAAGUUUGUACAUUUCUUCAACAUAUUUUCUUUU